AUGGAUAAUACUCCGUCCCCAGUGCCGGCCUCCGAUUCGCCGAGUCGCACGUUCAAAGUGACCGUUUCGAGUGUGAUGCAAGGCGUCAAACAGGUGGCCUAGGAAAAGUUAGGCCACAAAAACAAAAGUUCGCUUCAGAUCAUCAUCGAAGUCAAGGAGAAUGAUACGGUGUUGGCGCUGAAAAAUCAAAUCGAACGGGAAGUGGACGUGUUGGCCGAGCGCCAGAUAUUGUUGUUCCAGGGAAAAGAGCUGAAGGACAACAACCGUCCGAUCGCCGGAUACGGUAUCAAGGACGAGUGUACGGUGACGAUGAACAUCAAAAUGAGCACCGGACUGUUCAGGUAAGCUCCUGUUUAUUCAAAACAAUAUAUCUCAGUUGUUUGUAGAGAUAUCAAAAAGUUGUCAACUGAUGAAAUGUGCAAAAUUUGCCAGUGAACAAUUUGUCCGUUGACAACUUUUUACUAUCUCUUCAUCCAGCUGAGAUAUAUAGUUUUGAAUGAACAGCACUCGAGUGCCCCUUCUAUUUCAGUAUUUACGGUCAAGAAUUCCACCAACUUACAGUAACCCGACAGCGACCGAGAUGGUCCUCUUGACUCCGCCAAUUUUCCCGGCCAAUCCGGAUCAGUUGCGAAAACAGAUCAAGGGCAUGAAUACGGUGCAUCGGAAGCCGAAAAAAAUGAGCGGUGUGGAUGAGACGGCGAAAAUUUGGACGCCCGAGAAGCAGAUGGAGCACGAGUUGACGAGAAACCGAAUGAAGACGUUGUUGCGGAGGAAAAGGACCACGAUUCUAUCGGAGACGCCCGUCGAAUCGGAGGCCAACUCCGUGCAGACGUAAGGGCAAAGUUCUAGAAAUUGGUCAACUUCAACGAGUUACAGUACGCUUAGAUUGUGUUCUAUAGAAAUAUUGUCAAUUAGAAAAAUUAAGUAAACGUCUAGUACGUCAAUUUUGUAGUUGACAUCUUUUUUGUACAACCAUCCCCAAGAGUACUGUAGCUCUUGGAAGUUUGCCACCUAGUUAUAACUUCCAAGCGCUACAGUACUGUUAGGAGUGGUUUUACAAAAACGUUGUCAACUACAAAAAUGACGUACCAGACAUGCACUUUCUUUUUGUAGUUGAUCACUUUUCUCUACGACCUCUCCUAACCGCUUUUUUUCCAGUUUCUCCCCAGUGGCGACUCCGCCCGGCGAGCUCGCCAUCCGAUCGAGCUCCGCGUCGAGCGUCGGCAAUGUAUCGCGUGCUCACUCGGACUCUGAAGAGAGUCCGGUGUCCGAGAAGGAGCUAAAGUUGUUUUUCGAUCCGCCCGAGUCGAUUGACGAGUACAAACGCUCGCGACGGAGCAUGUUCCUGCCGCCGAGCACCGUGCAGGAGCUCGUCGAGUACGAGAAGAAGUUCGAGGAGGAUCGGAAGAGCAAGUGCAACGUGGGUGACUCAAACUCGACUAUAAUAGACUUCUCCAACAUGUUCCAAGCGAACCACACGGCAUUUCUAGUCCGCCUCAUUUGCAGACGUGCUUCAAAAAGUUGUCGGCGGCGCAGCAGACGAUGCACUGCAAGUGUGGCCGCAUUUUUUGCGAUCGGCACCGUCGUCCGGCCGCGCACACGUGCGUCAUCGACUACAAACAGGACGGACGUAUCAAACUGAAAAAGCAGACGUCGAAAGUGGGCGACGGCGGCAUUCGCAAGGCGAAAUUCGAGUCGGAACGCGAGAAAACUCAUCAUCACAAAAAGUCGUGA